AGUGGCCGUAGAGCCAAAAUGGCGCCUGGAGUUAGCCGUCGAGACCGACUUAGGAGGGAUAAAUAAAUAUCCAAUGAAACAGGAAAAGACGAAGGCAAUAACAUAAACACGCCUUCACCUUGGCACUUGUUUUGUUUUACCAACAGCUAGCAGCAGUAGUAGUUUCCUUGAGAGGAGAGCUAGCUAUGCGCCUGUUUUAAUUUAGCUUCCAAUAUAAUUCAGAGUGGAUUCACACUGACAGCUUAAAAUAAGGAUGACACAGUGGGACAGACUGAGGCAGCUUCCUCCCGUCUACAUACAGCAGCUGCAUGAGCUGUAUGACAGAGAUGGUUUACCUAUGGAUGUUCGGCACUACCUGUCAGCCUGGAUAGAGAAGCAGGAGUGGCAACGAGCAGCACGGGACCAUGACUUUGCUGUGGUGCUGUUCCAGGUUCUGCUGGAGAAUCUGGAUAUCCAACACAGCCGCUUUGUCCAGGAGGAGUCAUUCUUACUGCAGCACAACAUUCGACGCUAUAAACAGAACUUUCAGAGGUAUCUGGAUGAACCAUGUUCUUUGGCAACUGCAAUCCUGUGGUUUUUGGAAAAAGAAAAGGAAAUCCUGGCUAGUGCUGAUCUGGCUGAACAGGUUCAGCUUUUACGAGUAGACCAGGAAGCCAUGGAGACGAACAGCCAGCAGGACCUUGAACGUAAAAUGGCCGGCCUCCGGAAUGAAGUGCAGUGUAUGGAGCAUACAAUGGUAUGUCUGGAGGAGCAGCAAGAUGAGUUUGAUUUUAAAUUCCAAACCCACAAGUUGGAAGCUGUGGUUGAUGAGGCCUUGAAGAAAGAACAGGUGAAAGUUCUUCAGUUCCUUGCCAACAGACUCAAUGACUGCAGAAAGAGCAUACUGUCAGACAUAAAUAAGGUCCUGGAUUGGACUGAUGAUCUGAUCAACCUGUUGGUGAAAAAGGAACUGGUGGAGUGGCAGAGGAGGCAGCAGAAAGCCUGCAUUGGAGCUCCAGACAAUGUUUGCCUGGAUCAGCUUGAGAAGUGGUUCACCUCCGUAGCAGAGUGUCUGUUCCAGGUGCGGGGGUUUCUUAGUAAGCUGGAAGAGCUGUCAGGAAAAGUGUCCUAUGAAAAUGAUCCUGUAAAGGCCCGAAGACCUGCACUGCAAAAGAGAGCAGAUACUCUUCUCAAAGAGUUACUCAAGAGUGCCUUUGUGGUUGAGACUCAGCCGUCCAUGCCUCAGGGGAAAGGACCGUUGGUUCUCCGAACAAACGUUCAGUUCUCUGUCAAGACCAGACUUCUUGUCAAGUUUCCUGAAUUGAACCACUCCAUGAAAGUGGAUGUGUCCAUGGACAGGGAGCCUCCUCAGAUCAAAGGAUAUCGGCGCUUUAACGUCAUGGGGACCACAACCAAGAACUUGAACAUGGCUGAGAGCCAGAAUGGAGGCAUGGUGGCAGACUUUAGACAUCUGACUCUGAAAGAGCAGAAGUCUGGAGGUGGCAGCAAAGGAGUCAGUGAUAUUUCUCUGAGUGUUACAGAGGAGCUGCACCUCAUCUACUUCAACACUGUAUUUGAGCUGAAAGGACUGGCAGUUGGGAUGCAGGCCUGCUCCCUCCCCGUGGUCAUCAUCUCCAACUCCAGCCAGCAGCAGAGUGCCUGGGCAUCUGUCCUCUGGUUCAACAUGCUCAGUCAGGAUCCCAAGGAUGUAGUAUUCUUUGCCAGCUCUCCUGCAGCCCCUUGGCCACAGUUUGGAGAGAUGUUGAGCUGGCAGUUUCUGUCUGCUACUAAACUUGGUCUGAAUCCUGAUCAGCUGGAAAUGAUCGCACACAGACUCUUUGGGAAGCAGCCGAACUAUGACACCUACAAAGUAGCGUGGUCAAAAUUUAGCAAGGAAAAUCUGCCUGAGACUUUCUGGGUCUGGUUUGAUGGCAUUUUAUUUAUGGUGAAAACAUACCUGGUGGACCUGUGGAAGGAAGGCCUCAUCAUGGGUUUUGUGAGCAAAGGCAAAGAGAAGUCCCUGCUGAAGAAAAAAAAGAGAGGCACGUUCUUGUUGCGCUUCAGUGAAAGUGUCAUCGGAGGAAUCACCUUCUCCUGGGUGGAAACGGCUAUAACCGGUGAGCCUGAUGUAAAGACAGUCCAGCCCUUCACUAAAGAGGACCUUUCCCAGAUCCCCUUCCAUGAAAUCAUCAGGAAUUUCCAGCUCUUAGAAGCUGAUAAUGUCCCUGAAAAUCCUCUGCUCUACCUGUAUCCUGACACCCCGAAAGACCGGGCUUUUGGAAAAUAUUACACCGAGAAGACCGGAGAUGACAGUCCUUACAUCAAGUACAUCAAAACCAAGCUGGUGUUUGUUUCAAAGGAGAACACACUGGAGGCUAAGUCACCCAUGUCCUCUGACAUGGCACAGGGUGAAGGCCUGGAGCCAAUGAAUGGCCUGUGUGGAGAGGCAGCUGAACAAAACGAAGAUUCUCAUCCUCUGAACAUACCCCUGGAACCUUACCACCCGGAUCCAAUGCUGAGUAGCUCUGUUGUGGGGCCACAAGAACAGGAUUUACUGAUAGAUCCCAGCACCAACCUCUUUGAUGAGAUCCUGCAAGAUGAGAUCCUGCAAGAUGAUUUAAAUUUUCAAGAAUUUAAUGGUCUGACACCAGUGCUGAAUGAUUUCAAUCUUCAAGGAUUUAAUGGCCUGCUUCCACAGUCCUGUGGAAGCAUUUUCCAGUAGAUGUCUGUCUGUCCGACCAAACUACUGUACAUCACUCAUUGUCAGCUUUAUUCUUAGCUAUUUACAUCACAGCAUCCACGGCAAAAAGGUGUUCUAUACAUAACAGAUCUGGCGUUAACACAAUAAUUUACUUUUAAUUCUAUUUAAUGUGAAACACUUGACAUCCCAUCUUAUGAUUAUGAUCAAUAUUGAAGAAAAAUGUAUCAGUCAACAUUUACAGCUUGGCAUGCACCUUUAAAUAAUAAUAAUGCAAUCCCUUUUCAUCAUGUAAUCGUUGCUACUGUUAUUUGAAGGCAUAACUGACAUAAUUAAAUGAGCUGGCCUCAUCUGCUCUAUAUGUUGUAGUUUGGGAGCCUUUUAUUUUAAAAUCAGGCAUCUAAAGUAUGUUAGAAAACUCACCGUGGAAGCUGCUGGGAAAGGCUCAUAUGCAUAUGAAGUCUUGUAGAGAGCACUGCUUGAACUGUACUUAAUUUAUUGUUUUAUUAUUUGCUGUGAAAUCUCCUUUUUUGUCACCUUCAGCCUAUGAUUUAUUGUGCUGGAACAUGGCACUUCUUUUGUUUACGUUUUAUAGUAACCUUUACAAUUAACCUGCUCAUUUCUAUCACUGAAACUGAAACUUUAUCACCAAUAAAAGGGAAGUGACUGAC